ACGUAACACUUUCACAACGAAUAUCGAAAUGGAGCACGACAUGCGACUGGCGAAACCGACUGUCACCUAUCAUCUGUUCAUGUACCGGGCCGAGCUGGCACGCCGCAAUGCCCGCCAAUUGCGUCUAUCGAGAACCAAAAUCGAAAUAACCGACGAACUCAUCUCAAAGACGGUAAAGAACAUUAAGACAUGCAGCAUGGAUGAUCUCAAGGCAGUAAAUCGAGAGUUGAUAUUUAAGAAAAAGCUAAGGAACAAUGUUUCCCGACUGAACAAAGAGGCCAAGAGGCAGCAGCAAGAACAGCAGCAGCAGAAGCCUUUGUAGGAACCAUUAUCACACAUUGUAAAUAUAAGAGUGAUUUCCUUGUAAAUAUUCAUCAUAUCACAAAUAAAACUUUGUUAAGAUUUUGCAUUGAAA